UGUGUCAAUGUCAAUCUCCGAAACCUGAAUGAGGCAUCGUUGUCAAAUCAUAACACUGUUUUAUUUAUAAUUAUUUUUAAUUAAAAAUGGGUUUAUUUGGUAAAUCACCGGAAAGAAAUCCCAAGGAAAUGGUAAAUGAAUGGUCUCACAAAAUUCGAAAAGAAGGAUAUAAUUUGGACAGACAAAUAAGAGCCAUUCAAAGGGAAGAGGAAAAAGUUAAAAGAUCCCUUAAAGAAGCAGCAACCAAAAACGACAAACAAGUAUGCACAAUACUAGCAAAAGAAAUCAUAAGAUCAAGAAAAACUAUCAGCAAAAUAUACACAAGCAAAGCACAUCUUAAUUCUGUACAGAUGCAAAUGAAAAAUCAACUCGCAACUUUAAGAGUGGCUGGGUCAUUACAAAAAUCCACGGAGGUGAUGCAAGCAAUGCAAGCGCUUGUCCGUUUACCGGAAAUCGCAAAUACCAUGCAGGAAUUGAGUAAGGAGAUGAUGAAGGCCGGCAUUAUUGAGGAAAUGUUGGAUGAUACCAUGUCCAACCUGGAGGAUGAAGAGGAGAUGGAAGAGGCAGCGCAGAGUGAGGUCGAUAAGGUUUUGUGGGAGUUAACUCAAGGCAAGUUGGGGGAAGCCCCGGCGCCGCCGACAGCAGAGGCGCCCUCUACCAGCAAGGAGCCCGAGGAGGAUGAAACGGAACUGGAUGAAAUGCAAUCCAGACUCGAGGCUCUCAGAUCAUAGGACGCUAUCACUAUGUUGACUGAGCCCGGGCUGCAUUAGAAAAAUAUGAAUGCCUUUAACUAAUUUUAUAAAUGUUGCUAAUACAAGAUUAUUAUAAUAUAUAUACAUUAAGUUUUGUUAGCUCUGUCUAAAGUAAAGUUCUGGUCGAUGUGACAGUGUACUGUUGAUAGUGUUAUUUUUUUUGUAUAAAGAAAUAUAUUAUCUGGUAUUUAUAAUAUUCUUCUAACUUAAAAUUCUCAUAUAAGGCUAAAGUCUUGUAAUAAAGGAGACUUAUUUCCACAGAACUAUUGUCAUCACCGGGUUUUAACAUCAAAUUGAAAUUUAUUUAAUUUUAAUAAACUAAGUAUUAUAUAGUAAUAUUUGUUUGUUUGUGUAAAUAAAAAUAUGUAACGCUUAUUCAUAAA